GUCAUCGGAUCAAGUGCCCGAAAGUGGAGAAUUUCCAUUUGCGAAGGAUUGGCGAGAUCCGAACACCGCUUGGUCAGGAGGCGACAAAGCAGCAUUCCUCAUUCUGUAUGCGUUGUUUUGGGUGCUCGUGUGCGUCAUCGUGCACUUCUGGCCAAAGAUCGUGGAAUGCGGGCGGCGGUUCAAAAAGAACAUCUCCGUUGGUGCGAGGGCGCUCCGCAUGCGUGACCAGCAAACACCACUUGUGGAGGAUGUCGCGGAGCUCUGUAGCCAGUCUGACCAUCUUGCGAUUGGGCCAACACCUUCGUAUCCGGCCGACAGGAGAGUCAUUGAGCUUUUCGAGGAGCAGGUGAAGGAGCGUCCGGGAGCCACAGCUCUUAUUGUACCUGGGGCAAAUCGAGCAUCCAAGGAGAUAACCUACAAGGAAUUGGCGGCCUGCGUGGACGAGGUUGCCGAUACACUGCUCUCGCUGGGGAUCUCUUGCGAUUCAGUUGUUGCGCUGGUCAUGGACAGGAGUGUUGCACAGGUUGUGGCUGUGUAUGGCACCUUGAAGGCCGGGGCUGCGUUUCUUCCUGUGGACAACGAUGCACCACUGGCACGCAAGCAGUUCCUGUUGCACGAAAGCGAAGCCGCAGCAUUGAUUGCGGUAUCAGGAGAUGAUGUAGCGCGUGAGCUGGCAACAGAGAUCGGCUGCAACUUCAUCGCUCUACCGGCUGAUGGUUCUCGUUCUGGUAUGCAGCUCCUGCGGAGGCAGCGUUCACGUGCUCACUCUUUUGCCUCAGACGGCGAGCCAGCCAGUGGGGCAGGUCCCAGUGCAGGAUAUGCAGGGGGGUAUCGUCGUCCGGAGGCGUCUGAUAUGGCUCUUUUGAUCUACACUUCCGGGACCACUGGAGCUCCCAAGGGAAUUGUUUACGAUCACCAGCACCUCAUGCACGGAGUGUAUUUCUUUGGGAGCCAAUGUGAGGUGGAUUCAACAUCUGUGGCGCUCCUUAAAUCUCCGUAUUUCUGGGCAAUCAUUGAGUGGGAGAUGUUUCCGGUGCUAACGCAAGGUGGUAAAUUGGUUGUUGCAUCAGCAAACGGACACAAGAGUCCUGAGUAUCUUGCCAACACUAUUGCUGCCGAGGAGGUCAGCGUCUUCAUGGUUACACCGCAGGUCUUGGACCUUGUCCUGGAUGUACACGACUCUCAGGGCAAUGCGCGGCCUCUGCGUUCGGUCAAGCACAUUGUGACAGUUGGUGAGCCGCUCGGGUGUGCUGUUGCGAACCGUGUCAUGAAGACCAGAGGCGUUGAGGCGCAGCUCCACAACUUUUACGGGGCAUCUGAAAGCUCCUGCACUGUGUACACAGUGCCCAAAGAGGGCAUUGAUCUGGAGAUCUUUCCGUCAAAGGCCCCCUGUGGCCGGCCACAGCCACAUGCGAAAGUAUUUGUGAUGAAGGAAGAGGCUCAGGAAUCAGGACCUCCUGUUCUGGUGCCGGUUCCUGGUGGUGAGGCAGGCGAGAUCUGCUUUGGUGGUGUGCUGGCUGCUUGCUAUUGGAAGCACGAAGAGCUGACAAUGCAAAAGUGGAUUGAUACAAAGGAGUUUGGCAGACUGUAUAGAACUGGCGACAUGGGUCGCUGGAGGGCAGGACAACUGGAGGUGAUUGGUCGCGUUGACCGCCAGGUGAAGAUUCGUGGCGUUCGUGUUGAGCCAGAAGAGGUAGAAGCAGUGUUGCGCCGGUACCAUUACUCGACCUCUGAGGACGGUGGUCCGUCAGGCCUUGAACUCGGAAAUGGACCCCGACCUGGACUGAAAGAGGUCGCGGUGGUGGCUUCCAAGGAGCCUGCUGAACUGGUGGCCUUUGUCAGUCUCCGUGAAGGCUUGGAUGGUGCGGUGACUGCAGAAACCCUGCGGGCCCACUGCCAGGCGAACCUCACGCCGUCUUACGUUCCGAAGUUCUUUGUCAUCCUGCCUGAGCUUCCCAAACUACCAAACGGAAAGUCCAACUUAAAGCAGCUGGCACAGAUGGCCACAGACCAUGUGGUGGAGGAGGGCGAGGUUGUGAUGGACUCCUUGGGACAAAUGAAGAAGCUGUCCAAGUGGGCCAUUUUCGAGAACCAGGUGAUUCACAGGUGCUAUGCGUGGUGGAUGAUCGGCGUUCUAACGGAUCACUACAUGCGCUGUGCCAUCGAUACAGACUCCUCCCACAAAUACUAUCCUUUCUGCACGACGCUGGCAAGGACAGCCGUCAAGCCCUGGUCGGAGAUCCUUGUCCGCUCUCUGGGAAACGAUCAGGAUUUGUUUGGCUUCAUCAUGCUGGGAGCCUACCAGGACUCCCGGCCAGCCACUCCAGGCGGCCCUCCCCGGGUGAAGUUUGGAAUGAAGGAUGUGUUUGUGUUCAUCGUCUACAUGGCAAUGGCCAUGCCUUUCCCACAGAUCUUGCACUUCAUCUUCCGCGAGUGGGCAUGGCCUAUCGAUUGGGGUGGCAUGGUGCCAACUAACGAGUGGGGCUGGAGCUACAUGCAGGUGAACUCCUACACAUCGGAUCACAGGUGGUAUUUAGGAAUGGUCUUCUGUGCCAGGCUGUUCCUGGAGAUUUGCGAGCGCAUUCAGGUUCCGGGCUGGGUGCAAGGCAUCCUCGCGACCAUCCCGUGUCUGCUACCUGAUUCCUCAUUUGAAGGCCCCGAUCGGCGGCCAUUCACUUUCGAUGUCUGCGAGAGCCAAAACGCCCAGGUCUACGUGAUGUGGACUUUCUCGUGGAUUUUCCGCAACUUCGGGACCGGAUGUGCCAUGUAUAUGCGCUGGGUGUCCUGGUAUCUUGCCUUCUACGUGUGGAGCUACCACUACCUGAGGCCAGCAGUGGCGCUCCUGUCCAAGAGGCUCCCGAAGGGCCCAACCUGGUCGGCUGCUGCGCUUGGCUCGAGCAUGUUCAUUGGUGUGGUAAUGGCCCUGUUCCACUACCCCAACAACGUCCUGGAAAACGGCACUGGCAUGGCCUGGGCUUGGCUGGAGAUCGGUGUCGACAUCCUUCAGCCUACGUUGUUCGUGCUGGGGAUGACCUAUGUGCCUCUUGACCUCGCAUGGUGGGGAAACACUACGCUGGGCGCGUAUGUUUUCCAUUUCUAUUUCCGAGAUCAUGUGGCCGUGCUGACCAUGAGCAUUUGCGACAAGCUGACCUGGGAUCCAACCGGACUUCUGGUAGUUGCGGUCAUCUUGCUCGUGUGCCUUGUCUUCACAACCUUCCUUGGGCCGCUCGGGCACUACAUCCUUCUGUCGCCGACGCUGCUGUACUCACGCAUCCAUAGAAUCCUGAACCGCAGCUCUUCCUGCAGCUAA